GUGGUUUGUUUUUUUUCUGUAUUUGCAGAGGAACCUGUUGGAGGAAGAUUCGGAUGAAGAGGAAGACUUUUUCUUGAGAGGGCCUUCUGGACCAAGAUUUGGACCCAGGAAUGACAAGAUCAGGCAUGUCCAGAACCAGGUGGACGAAGUCAUCGAUGUUAUGCAGGAGAACAUCACGAAGGUGAUUGAAAGAGGCGAGCGGCUGGAUGACCUGCAGGAUAAAUCAGAAAGUUUAUCAGACAAUGCAACAGCUUUUAGCAGCAGAGCCAAGCAGCUUCGGAGACAGAUGUGGUGGCGAGGCUGCAAGAUGAAGGCGAUCAUAGCGCUGGUGGCGGUCGUUCUCUUGCUUGUCAUCAUUGUACCCAUAGUCCUGAAGUACCAUACCUGACGGGGCAGCUGGAGGCUUUGGCGGAGCUGGCUCUGGGAUAACCAAACUGCUGUGUAAUUUA